AUGGAAAACUCCAGUUCUAGAUCCGUCUUCGUCGACAUCGGACUAAGAGAGCUCAACGGAUUCCGAGUAAGGAAGCGACCGUUCUUCUACGCAGAUUCAGAGCUGAUUUGUAAAGAAAUAGCCGGCGUUGCUGUCGAACACGACGGUGAUCGUACUCCUCCUUUGGCCGUUUCGUUCUGUAAGAGUAACAAGAAGUCUCAGUUAUUCGCGGUGUCAGAUGAGGAUGGACAUGUGAGCUUGUUUAAUUCGAAUCACAAGUUCGCCUCUUCUGCAACUCACCAAGAGAAUACAGUUAAUGCCAGGCUUAGUGACUGGGUUGCUCAUUAUAAUGCGGUCUUCGACAUUUCUUGGAUCAAGGGAGAUAGAUGUCUUUUGACUGCUUCUGGUGAUCAAACUAUUAAAGUAUGGGAUGUUGAGGAGAAUAAGUGCACUGGAGUUCUUAUAGGACACACAGGAACUGUUAAAUCAAUGUGCUCGCAUCCUACAGAUUCUGAUAUUCUUGUCUCUGGCUCCAGAGAUGGGUGUUUUGCGCUAUGGGAUUUAAGAUGUAAAAGUAGCUCUCACAAAGAAGAGUUUUGCAUCAACUAUACUGGCAUGGUUAAAGGAGCUCAUCUAUCUCCUCUUUCAAAACGAACCAGACUUAGCAAGGCUGCUUCAUCAAGCAUUACCUCUGUGCUUUAUCUCAAGGACGAGAUCACAAUUGCCACAGCUGGAGCACCAGAUAGCGCCUUGAAAUUUUGGGAUACAAGAAAGCUAAAAGUUCCUUUUGCUCAAGCAUCUCCACAGUCAGACUCAACAAACACUAAGGAAAAGAGAGCACAUGGUAUAGUAUCCUUGUCCCAGGACUCAAGUGGAACCUUACUUACAGCAUCAUGCAAGGACAACAGAAUCUAUCUAUACAACGUACUACAGCUUGACAAAGGACCUGCACAAUCGUUCUCUGGUUGCCGGAUAGAUUCUUUUUUCGUAAGGACAAUGAUAAGUCCUGACGGUGAGUACAUUUUGAGCGGUUCAAGCGACCGUAACGCUUACAUAUGGCAGGUCAAUAAGCCUCAUGUAGAUCCUACAAUCUUGAAAGGCCAUGACUCUGAAGUAACCGCAGUAGAUUGGUCUCAAUCAGAGAUUGGAAAGGUAGCAACAGCGUCAGAUGAUUUCACGGUAAGAUUGUGGAACAUAGAGAACAACCUUUGCACAACCGCAAACGCACCACGAGUUAAACGCAGAGUAACUGCAUUGUCAUAUACUGAAGCAGCCAAAGAGAGACUUGAGAUGAACAGAGAACCUGAGAGUCCCCAAAAGCAUUUAUCAGAUGAUGGUGAUAACAAUAAUAAUCAGUCACUGUCUACCAUCAGAACUCCAGAGACUCAGAGAAAGAGAACAUCACUAUCAUCAUCAUUGUCAUUAUCAGCCUCAGAGGAAGACAAAACAUGCGAGAGAACACCAGAAACCGCAGUUGACAGUCCAUCAUCUGUCCUAAACCUUCCUUCCUCUGUUAAAAGGCGAACCAUUAGAGAUUAUUUUCUCGUCACUCCCUAAAUUGCGUGAGAAACUUUUCCAUUUUGUCAAAAAUAUUAUUAGUGUACAAAAAUUCUUAAGAUUAAUCAAAUCCA